AUGUCUUUCCAAAACAUCGGCCUCCGCAUGGGUGGCGUAUCCAGUGCCGUAUUCGCCGGUCAAGGUGUUUUCCUUCUGGGAAAUGCAUUUUACAGCAUUAUGUACCCAUCCUCAGUUGCUACAUUUGAGGGAUCCUCUUUGAAAGGAACUCCUGAGGGCGCUGUCCAAUGCAUUGGGUACACAUUCCUACCAUUGACUCAAACCGAUCAUACUCUGAUUAUGGCCUCUUCUAUUCCUUCUCGACUGGUGGCUGCUUGGAUAAUGUAUCGCAAUGGUGGUAAUUGGGUAGCAGUUGCUGGGUUUGAAACCUCCAUGGCGGUUUUGGCUAGCGCAGCAUUGAUUUGGGAUCGGUACAUGUAA